GCUUCUAUGCAGAAUGUCCAGUAAGGAGCGCCACAUUGAGUCCAAUUGUCCGUCUUCUUAUAUAAAGACUGAACCAUCGAGUCCUGCCUCUCUGACUGACAGUCUAAACCAUCACUCCCCUGGUGGCUCCAGUGACGCCUCAGGCUCAUACUCAUCCACCAUGAACGGCCACCCCAAUGGCUUAGACUCCCCGAGCCUUUAUGGUUCCAACGCAGGACCCCUGGGACCUGCUGGAGGCCCAGGAUCGAAACGUUAUGAGGACUGCUCUUCAACUAUUGGGGAAGAUUCACAAAUUAAGUGCGAGUACAUGUUGAAUUCAAUGCCGAAGCGGUUGUGUCUGGUGUGCGGGGACAUUGCGUCAGGGUAUCACUAUGGAGUUGCAUCAUGUGAGGCCUGCAAGGCCUUCUUCAAGCGCACCAUUCAAGGCAACAUUGAGUACAGCUGUCCAGCCACCAACGAGUGUGAGAUCACCAAGAGGAGACGCAAAUCGUGCCAGGCGUGCCGCUUUAUGAAGUGUCUGACCGUGGGCAUGCUGAGAGAGGGUAAGGGAAAAGGGGUUCGUCUUGACAGGGUUCGUGGUGGAAGACAGAAAUAUAAGCGCCGGAUAGAUGCAGACAACAGUCCGUACCUGAACCCACAACUGGCUUUGCCCCCCAAGAAGCCAUUUGCCUUUGGCUGCCUUGCAGAUAACAAAAUCGUCUCUCACCUGCUGGUGGCUGAGCCAGAGAAGAUUUAUGCCAUGCCUGACCCAACAGUACCAGACAGUGACAUCAAGGCCCUGACUACACUUUGUGACCUGGCGGACAGAGAGUUGGUGGUCAACAUAGGCUGGGCCAAACACAUCCCAGGUUUCUCCACGCUGUCUUUGGCAGACCAGAUGAGUCUACUGCAGAGUGCAUGGAUGGAGAUCUUAAUUCUGCGUGUUGUUUACCGCUCACUGUCUUUUGAAGACAAGCUGGUGUAUGCUGAGGAUUACAUCAUGGACGAGGACCAGUCAAAACUAGCUGGACUUCUGGACCUGAACAACGCCAUCCUUCAGCUGGUCAAGAAAUACAAGGCUAUGAAACUGGAGAAGGAGGAAUUUGUCACUCUAAAGGCCAUUGCUUUGGCUAACUCAGACUCCAUGCAUAUCGAGGAUGUGGAGGCCGUGCAGAAGCUCCAGGAUGUUCUGCACGAGGCCCUGCAGGACUAUGAGGCUUCCCAACACCAGGAGGAUCCCCGCCGGGCUGGCAAGCUGCUCAUGACCCUCCCCCUGCUUCGCCAGACCUCCACUAAAGCUGUGCAGCAUUUCUACAGCAUCAAGCAGGAUGGAAAAGUCCCAAUGCACAAACUCUUCCUGGAGCUGCUGGAAGCCAAGGUCUGAGAAUGGGGAGUAGAUGGAAGGACAGAUAGAUGCCUCAAUCUCCUGAGCUUCAUGUCAAACUUUGAUCCACAACUUGAAUGACCUCUCACUCUUUUACACACGAACACUCCUACACACCUUAAACCACGCACACACCCACACACUAAAGAAGUGAUCUAAACCUGAGACCUGAACCCUAAACAGUUGUUGACUAAAGGGAGCUCACUGGAGUCUGUUUUGGGGAAGACGCAGACAGCUGGACUUGAAAUCCCUUCCCUCUGACAAAUUGAAGAAAAGGUUUUAAAUCAGCUACUUAACACUUACAUAACAAGUACACACAGUGACCCUAGUCUAAAUAAUGACAAAACGCUUAUGCAUUGAGUAAAAUUAUCAAUUAAGAUGUUAAUAAUGACAAAUGAGAACAAAUUUAAAAGAAAUUAAGAUAUGUACAUUUUAGCUCUGAAAGACUUUGACUGCACUUGAGUCUCCUUCCCCCUCGUAUUUCACCUAAGAGGUUUUUCUUUUCCAAGUGUUCAAGAAGAAAAUCAGUGGCGAAGAAGAAGUGAACACUUUGAAAGGAUUAGUGACAUUUGUGGUCAGUGUACAUGUACAGUGAAAUUUGAAUGGAUAGGUCGAGAAGAAAAGACGAGAUCUGCCCUGCCAAAGAAUGGAACCACCCAUUCAGAGGAUGCCAGCAAUCUUUACUGUCCCAACCCAAACUCUUUCUGGUUUUUAAGUGGGUUUCAAUCCU